CGCAUCCAAGACGGUCUUCAUUUAGGUCACACGGUUACAAAAUGAUACAUGUAUCCUGCUCAAUACUCAACACCAUAUACAGAUCUACAAACCACCGGGAAGUUAAUGUAGCGGCCUCCUUUCUAUCGACAAGGACAAGGUUAGAUGUGUGAACCCUGUCUCGUCCCUUGUCUCUUGCAUCGUGUCUCCGCCCUUUAUUGCAACAGCUUGUGUGCCACGGCAGUUCGGACGUAGUUGCAUUGAUGAAACUUUAGAGAGAGAAAGCACGGAACCGAAGCUCGGAACCUGUUCGCUGCGCCGCGAAGUCCUCGUGGCUGUCAUUCCGCUCGGAACGGAAGCGAGCGAACGAGGCUCCGGUAGCAGUAUUUCGCGUGGAAGGCUAUAAAGGUAUAAAGCCUCUCCAAAACUCGCUGCCUCUCCAAACCAGCCCCGAGGCCUCAUAUUCUAGGAUAGAAAACAAAACCUGAUCACCAUACUCAUAGAACGCACAGGCCGAAAUGCCCCAACGCGUCCUCGUCACCGGCGCAAACGGCUUCAUAGCCCAGCACAUCCUCGACCAGUUUCUCGCGGCUGGCCACUCCGUCCGCGCUGUAGUCCGCAGCGAGUUCUCGGCCUCCAAGCUCCAUAAGGCCUUUUCUUCCUACCUUGCCUCGUCCCAGCUUGACAUCGCCCUGGUGCCGGACAUGACAGUCCCAGGCGCCUUCGACGCGGCGCUCGCCUCCGACCCGCCGUUCGAGACCGUGCUGCACACUGCCUCGCCGUUCGACUUCCGCAAGGGCAACUCCAGCGCCGACUUCCUGGGGCCAGCCAUCCGAGGCACGACGGAGAUCCUCCACGGCGUCCGCCGCGCCGCGCCGGCCGUCAAGAGGGUCGUCGUGACCAGUUCCAUGGCCGCCAUGAUCGACAUCUCCCGGCCGCCCGUGUCCGAUCCGCCCAAGAUCUACGGCGAACGGGACUGGUUCGAGGUCUCGCAGCGGGACGCCGAGACAUCCGAGAACCCGCACCUGCCGUACGUGGCGAGCAAGGCGCUCGCCGAGAAGGCGGCCUGGGCCUUCGUCGAGGAGGAGAAGCCAGCGUUCGACCUGGCAACAAUCAACCCGCCCAUGGUGUACGGGCCGCUGCUGGACGCCUCGGCGCUCAGGUCCCCGCGGGACCUGAACCAGAGCAACUACGGGCUCUACGAGACGUUCUUCAUGCCAGGGCUGACGACGGAGUCGCCGGUCCCGCCCGCGUUCCUGCACCUGUACGUCGACGUGCGGGACGUGGCGCGCGCGCACUUGCUCGCGGCGACGAAGCCCGUCGCGGGGGGUCGCAGGUUCGUUGUCAGCCCCGGAGGCGUGUCUAACCAGACGAUCGCCAAUGUGGUGCGGGAGAGGCUCCCGGAGCUGGAGGGCCGGAUCCCGAAGGGCGAACCGACGCAGACGGCGCUCCCGGAGGGGAUUUACGGCGCGGACGGGUCGUUGGCGGAGAAGGUGCUCGGUCUGGAGUACAGGAAGCUUGAGGACACGUUUGGGGAUAUUGCGACGCAGAUUGCUGAGCUGGAGAAGCGUGCUAAAAAUGCUGCGUGAGGAUGUUGCUUUCUGGAAAGGGGGGGGGGGUGGUUGUUUUUGCCGUUCCAUAGG